UGCCGCCAUAGGUAUCAUUUUCUAUAUAUCUAUUUCUCCUUCUUACCUUACCUCCCCGUAGUUCUAAUUGAUACUAUUCUUCCCUCUUUCCUCCUUCCUCGACCCUACCUGCGAAUUCCAUCCCUCCACUGACAUCACUCAAAUCGCAGCAUGGCUCCCAUUCGACGUUACCUCAGAAUAAGCAAAUAUACCAUCCUCGAAUGCCGGAUCUACUUGGAAAACCCUGCGGACACACGAUGGCUCCUCGACAGCCGAGAUUCCGUGCUUCCCCGGAUAUUCACUGCGGUCAGACCUCUAAUCCUACCUAAACUCCGCGAGGAAAACGAAAGGCUCCUUGCCAGGAAGAAAGGGAAGCCGGUCAAAGAUGUGAUCGCCGAAGAGGACUUUGAGGUUUCAUUAUUUCUUCGCGAGUCGCGAACACGUCACUCGCUCCUCACGCGACAUAAGGAGUUUGAUGAGCCCAAGAACACAUUGAGGGAAGGAAUGGGGAAUCAAUCUGGACCUAUGAAAGGUUCAAGCGGGGGUGUUGAUGGGGGUAUUGUGGUCGAGAGCGACAGCGAGUCGAAUCUCGAUUUGCACGAUAUCCCGCAAGCUACUGCGGAGGAAGGGAAUGAUUCAAGGGGCAAACGCCGACGGAAUACAGAUGAACCAGUCGAUACCGCGGCUAGUCGGCGCGUUUCGAAACGUCGGAAGGAUGAGGAACCGGAUGAUAAAAAGAUGCGCUUUAGGACGAACUAUGAGGGGUUUAAUAUCUAUGGGUGGGUGUUAUGCUUGCUUGUGACGCGUAAAGGGGAUAAAGCUGGAGCAAAGUCGGUGUCUUCGGAGUCUACACGCCAGGCUUUGAUGGAGGAGUGGAUGUCUACACAAGCUCAGGGGGUUGUGGAUGAAGAGCAAGAUGUUAGUUGAUUUGAACGUUCGUGUUUUCUUGGGUAGGCUGGGCUGUCGUAGUAUGUAUAGUGCAUACACUCGGUAUUCCAUUCCUCAUUCGCAGGAUUAGAAGCUCUGCCCUAGUGACUACAGGAUACGCUGGAGAUGACGAAGUCAAUGACAAGGUUAGACAAGACUCCUCCCUGCAAUGGGCACGGGGCUUACGAGCGAAUUAUUAAAAAGCUUAGUGUCUGGGUGAUACUUCAUAUCGAGAGCCCAUUAGUAUCAGACAAACCGGCAGCAUCUGAUUAAUGCGUUGCUCUGAAUUGGGUCCGAAUCCCGA